GGUGUGAGCAUUGUAAACAGAUCACACACAUCCCCUCCACAAAUCCAAAUUUGUGAAUUAUCCAUUCCAACAUCAGCCUAUCUUCUCCAUCCCUUAUUAACCAAAACCCCCUAUCUCUUCAUAUUAACCCCUUCAAAAUUCACAAAAAACAUGAUUAUAAACCUCUCCUCUUCUCCUUCUUCUUGUUCUCUCUCCCUCUCACAAUUAAUUCAUUCCAAAUCGCACAUUUCUAAGUUCCAUCUUAGGUCCAAAACUCACUUCUCAAAAUCCUUAUCAUCUUCUUCGGAAAAACUCCUUUUUCAUUCCAAGAAUCAAUUUUUACAUGACAAGAAUAUAUACCCACUUAGCAGAAGAAAAAAGUUUCAAACUUGGGCCAUUCCUGGGCUUGAUUUUAGUGGAUUUGAGAGUGCACAGUCAGUAUUAGAAGCAAUUAGUGUAUUGACAGCUAUUAUUGUUGUACAUGAAAGUGGUCACUUUCUUGCUGCUUAUCUUCAAGGUAUUCAUGUAAGUAAAUUUGCUGUUGGGUUUGGUCCAAUCUUAGCUAAAUUCAAUGCCAAAAAUGUUGAGUAUUCACUUAGAGCAUUUCCUCUUGGUGGGUUUGUGGGGUUUCCUGAUAAUGAUCCUGAUAGUGAUAUUCCCCCUGAUGACAAAAAUUUGCUAAAAAAUAGACCCAUAUUUGAUAGGGUAAUUGUAAUUUCAGCUGGUGUAAUAGCUAAUAUAAUCUUUGCUUAUGUUAUAAUAUUUACACAAGUGUUGUUAGUUGGAUUGCCUGUUCAAGAAUCUUUCCCUGGAGUUCUUGUCCCUGAUGUUAGGCCUUUUUCAGCUGCAUCUAGAGAUGGAUUACUUCCUGGUGAUGUUAUUUUAGGUUUAAAUGGAAUUGAAUUAGGGAAAAGUGGACCUAAUUUGGUUUCUGAGGUUGUUGAUGUCAUUAAGAAAAAUCCAAAGAGAAAUGUGUUGUUGAAAAUAGGAAGAGGAGAAGGGAAUGUUGAUGUUAGAGUUACACCUGAUGAGAAUUCAGAUGGUACGGGUAGGAUUGGAGUUCAACUGUCACCAAAUUUCAAGAUUUCGAAAGUUCAGCCGAAGAAUAUAUUUGAGGCUUUUAGCUUCUCAGGAAGAGAAUUUUGGGGUCUUACGUACAAUGUAUUGGACAGUUUGAAACAGACUUUUAUGAACUUCUCUCAAACGGCUAGUAAGGUAUCGGGUCCUGUUGCCAUUAUAGCUGUUGGUGCUGAAGUUGCAAAAUCAAACAUUGACGGCCUUUAUCAAUUUGCAGCUGUUUUGAAUAUCAACCUCGCGGUUAUAAAUCUCCUUCCUUUGCCUGCGUUAGACGGGGGUUCUUUAGCCUUGAUUCUUGUAGAAGCAGCUCGAGGUGGAAAAAAGCUUCCUAUAGAAGUAGAGCAACGUAUUAUGUCAUCUGGAAUCAUGUUUGUGCUCAUUAUUGGACUGUUCCUUCUAGUCCGUGAUACUCUAAACCUUGAUUUUAUCAGGGAUUUAUUAUAAUCAGUUGCGUAUAAGUUCAUAAUCCGGAAGAGUUGAUAUGGAGAAUAUUACAGACAACUAUUAAGAACAGUAAGCAACUAGAAGUUCAAGGAGAUGAAUUUUGCCCAUGAUUACUGAACAUUAGUCCUCCUUCCAAGACAAACUUUGCGAGGUACUUGGCUUCAAUUUAUUGCAGAUAUAUGUGGAUAUUCCUGAAUUUUACCACACUGUCUUCAGUUGUGUUGGUAUCACUGGCUCAAAAGACAAACACCUUGCUCGUUUCAUUAUACAAUGUAUAUGGGAAUUUAUACAAGUACAAUGCGUUACUUUGAUAUUCUUAUUGUUGCUUUGGAAACUGAGGAAACGAGGGAAGGAACUGUAAUAGAACAUGGCGAACUGGUGAUACAAUUUGUUUAUAGUGUGAACUUACAGGUUUCCCUUUUGUCUAAAGAACGUAUUUUAACAUUUUGUUUACUUGAUUGACCUUAAAAAUCUAUGUUGUGGUCCUUUUGUUUCUCUGAAGAUGGGAGUGCUUAACUGUAGUUGGAUAUUUCA